AUGUAGGAAGUCACGUGAUGAGAGAGAAAUAGAAAUUCCAUAUGAACAACUUAACAAAGUCUUACAUCCACCCCACGAAUUACCACAAGUUCUCUGUUUCCCACCUCUUUCCCUCUCUCCUCUUCCCCUUAAUUUUAAUUUUAAUUAAAACCCCCAAAUAUAAAUAAACCCAAACAAACCCUCCUAUAUUCAAAAUUCACACAUUUUCAUAAUCCUUUUCUUCUUCAUCUUCUUCCUCGAAAAUUCUCCCCAUUUUCAGAGGAGAGAGAAAGCUCGGUAACACCCGAUAAUGGCGGCCUACAGAGCAGAAGACGACUACGAUUACUUGUUCAAAGUAGUAUUAAUUGGCGAUUCUGGCGUCGGAAAAUCCAACCUUCUCUCUCGUUUCACCCGCAAUGAGUUUAACCUUGAAUCCAAAUCAACCAUCGGCGUCGAAUUCGCUACUCGCAGCAUUCAUGUUGAUGAUAAGAUUGUUAAAGCUCAGAUUUGGGAUACUGCUGGUCAGGAAAGGUACCGUGCUAUCACUAGUGCAUACUACAGAGGGGCUGUUGGUGCUCUAUUGGUCUAUGAUGUUACCAGGCAUGUAACAUUUGAGAACAUUGAGAGAUGGUUAAAGGAAUUGCGAGAUCAUACAGAUUCCAGCAUCGUGAUAAUGCUCGUGGCAAACAAGGCAGAUUUGAGGCACUUGCGUGCUGUUGCUACUGAGGAUGCCAAGGCCUUUGCAGAAAGAGAGAACCUCUUCUUCAUGGAGACCUCUGCUCUUGAAUCUUUGAACGUUGAAAACGCAUUUAGUGAAGUCCUCACCCAAGUAUAUCAUGUUGUCUGCCGCAAAGCACUUGAUGUUGGGGGUGACCCAACUGCCUUGCCAAAGGGUCAAACCAUUGAUAUCGGUAAGGAUGAUGUAUCUGAAGUGAAAAAGGUUAGUUGCUGUUCUGCCUGAUCCAGCUGUAAGAUAAUCGAGAUGUUUAUCUCAUCGCACAGGAAAUUUUGUAAAGUUCUCACAGAAAGCCAUGGUUUUGUGAAAAUCAUUCAAAGUAUACAUUUAUAUUCAUUUCAGAACUUUGAAGAGGCCAGAUUAUUGAAGUACAGAGGGAUAUGCUUAUUUGGUUUUA